AUGAAGUACAUCACGAUCGAGGGUCGUAACCCUGGCUUCUGUUGGGUCACCGUGAUCAGGCAAUUUGACGGCACCACCAUGGUGUUCGUCAUCGGCGAUGUUGAACUAGAAGCACAUUCCUUCUACGAGACCGACAUCGCAAAGAUGAAAUUCAUUACGAUCGAAGGUCGUAACUUCUGUUGGACCGCCGCGAUCAGCGAGUGA